UUCACCCAGGAGGAGUGGUGCCUGUUGGACCCUUCUCAGAAAGAGCUGUACAGGGAGGUCAUGCUGGAGAAUGUGCAAAAUCUACUCUUUGUGGAGGCAGAGACUAAUGUUGAAGAAAGGGAUAUGUCUGCAAAGCUGCACUUUUUUGUGGAGGGAUCUGGCCCUCCAGGAGUCAUGAAUAAGGGUCCCUGUGACUUCAUUUUGAGAGAAAUUUGUGACUCUAAUAUCAAAGUAAAUAAAAAUCCAAAGAGUGACUGUGAAUUUGAUGAAGUAGCAGAGAAAUUCAGCCAACAUUCAAUCCUAAAUCAGUAUGUGAAAUUGAUGUCAGAAUAUGACUGUGGUCUGGAUAGUGAAUACAGCAAAUGCUUUCCUGAAAAAGUAGGAUUUAAGCAACCUUAUGAGAAGCCUCCUGAAAUGCCCAUGUAUCAGGAUAACAUAGGGAGAAUCACCUAUGGCUCGAGUUUAGCUCUCACAAGACAUCCCAAAAGUAAACAUGUAGAGAUGUUUUCUAGAAAUAAUCUUACUCAACAUCAGAGAAUCCACACUGGCGAGAAACCUUAUGAAUGUACAGAGUGUGGAAAGUCUUUCACACGGAGGCAGGAUCUUACUGUACAUCAGAGAAUCCACACUGGAGAGAAACCUAAUGAAUGUACACAGUGUGGAAAGGCUUUCACAAAGAGGCACAGUCUUAUUGUACAUCAGAGAAUCCACACUGGAGAGAAACCUAAUGAAUGUACACAGUGUGGAAAGGCUUUUAAGCGCAGAUGUGAUCUUGCUGCACAUCAGAGAAUCCACACUGGAGAGAAACCUUAUGAAUGUACACAAUGUAGAAAGGCUUUUACGCGCAGAUGUGAUCUUGCUGCACAUCAGAGAAUCCACACUGGAGAGAAACCUUAUGAAUGUGCACAUUGUGGUAAGGCUUUCACACAGUUGGGCAAUCUUCAUGUACAUCAGAGAAUUCACACUGGCGAGAAACCUUAUGAAUGUAAACACUGUGGAAAAACUUUUACACAUAGGACCAGUUUUGCUGCACAUCAAAGGAUUCACCAUAGUGAGAAACCUUAUCAGUGUAAAGAAUGUGGAAAGGCUUUCACACAGAGGGGUAAUCUUGUUAGACAUCAGAGAAUCCACACUGGAGAGAAACCUUAUGAAUGUACACAAUGUGGAAAAGCUUUCACAGAGAGGGGUAAGCUUGCUGCACAUCAGAGAAUUCACACUGGAGAGAAACCUUAUGAAUGUACACAGUGUGGAAAGGCUUUCACACAGAGGGGUAAUCUUGAUAAACAUCAGCGAAUCCACUCUGGAGAGAAACCUUAUGAAUGUACGCAGUGUGGUAAACCUUUCACAUGGAGGGGCGAUCUUGCUGCACAUCAGAGAAUCCAUACUGGAGAAAAACCUUAUGAAUGUGCACAGUGUGGAAAGCCUUUUACAUGGAGGGGCCAUCUUGCUGCACAUCAGAGAAUUCACACUGGAGAGAAACCUUAUGAAUGUAAACAGUGUGGAAAGCUUUUCACACAGAGGGGCCAUCUUGCUGCACAUCAGUGGAUCCACACUGGAGAGAAACCUUAUGAAUGUACACAGUGUGGAAAGACUUUCAUACACAGGGCAAGUCUUGCUGCACAUCAGAGAAUCCACUCUGGAGAGAAACCUUAUGAAUGUACACAGUGUGGAAAGACUUUCACAGUGAAGAGUAGUCUUGUUAAACAUCAGAGAAUCCACACGGGAGAGAAACCUUAUGAAUGUACACAAUGUGGAAAGGCUUUCACAGAGAGUAGCUCUCUUGCUGCACAUCAGAGAAUCCACACUGGGAAGAAACCUUAUGAAUGUACAGAAUGUGGAAAGCCUUUCACGCAGAGUAGCUCUCUUGCUGCGCAUCAGAGAAUCCACACUGGAGAGAAACCUUAUGAAUGUACACAGUGUGGAAAGGCUUUCACACGGAGGCGUUAUCUUGUUAUACAUCAGAGAAACCACACUGAAGAGAAAUCUUAUGAAUGUAAUAAAUUCGGAUAGCCUUUCUCAUAAUGCUCCACAGUUGCUUCAUGUCAGAAAGUCCCCACUGGAGAAAAACCUCAUAAGUGAGGCUCAGCUUAUAAUUGCUAGUCUUAGCUUAUUUAACAUAAGAAGAUCCACACUAGAGAGAAACUUUAGGAAUGUGAUCAGUGUGAUAAGGCCUUCAGGCAAUACUCAUCUCUUAUUCCCAAGCGAGAAUUCCUUUUGGAAAGAAAUCUUAUUCCUCUCACGAGUGAAGAAAGACAUUGAAAUGGAGAAUCCAGAGCUUUUUCAGGAGGAGAAAAUGUCUUCUGAACAGAUCAAUUCUAUAUGGGUUCCCUAUAGGAAAGCUUUCAGCCAGAGAUCAUCUCUUAAUUCAUGUCAGAGGAUUCAUAGUGCAACAAAAUCUAAUGACUGCGCUCAAGUUGAUGUGUUUUUCUUAGGAGGAGGAUGAUCACUCUCAUUUGGAGAAGUACAAAUAAUAAGUCUGAGGGACCAGCCCACAUCUAUUAGAUUGGUUGUUAUGACAGAAAAGGAAAGUGCAAAACGUGAAGGAGAUGUGAAGAUUGAAGAAGAAUGAACUUUUGGGAUUGUUGUGAACUAAUUCAACCAUUCUGGAAAAGGCAAUUUGGAACUAUAUCCAAAAGGCUUAAAAAAACAUAAAAGAAAAAGACAUAUAUAUUAAAAAUACAAAACACUUAAAAGGGACUCUUUUUGGGACCACAAAAAUCUUGGAAAUCAAGAGGAAACUAAUCAAUUGGGAAAUGACUGCAAAUGAUGGUAUCUGAUUAUAAUGGAAUCCUAUUAUUUUAUCAUUAAUGAGGAGAAGCAGGAGCUCUGAAAAACCUGGAAAGACUUGAC